AUGAGCACAGUUAUGCCGGGCUCCUUCCACCCAUCAGAAUCAUUUCAAUUAAGAGUGCCUUCCAUGGCACACGUUCGAAGAAUACGUUCAAAUUCCGUCCAGCAUCGUAAUAGUUCUUCAAUAUCCAGCAAUGAAGAAUUCACUAGGCUCAAUGAGGAAAUGUUCCGCCUAGAUGCACCUUAUGGCGAAGAUGCUCGUGACCCUAGACACGAACACGGAGAGACUAAUUACAUCAACAUGCUACUUCAACUUGAUAGUAUACCCGAAACUUACAACAUUCUAGCCGGCCUUUUUACCUGGCUACUGCUCGCUGGAUACAUGGUAUUACCGGCCACAUUCACAUCACUUCAGAAUUCUCGCACCAUUGCAUCAGAAGUAAGCAAAGCUGGGAAGCUAGUUUUAAAGACAUAUCAAAACCUGCCAUUAUUAUGGAUAGCUGCAAUCUUCUGCGCUAUUGGAGCAUCUGGUAUGAGCUGGCUGUGGUGGAUGUGGAAGAGGAACUAUGUAUGGAUUCUGAAUCGGAUCAUUUUACCAGGCUUUCUUCACUCCAUUACUGGACUCCUUACAACAAUUAUAAAUAUAUAUACGGCUCGAAGUGGAGCUUGGUCGGUUACAGCGAUUAUCACUAUUACUGUAACAGGAUGCUGUACAAAUGUUAAGAAGGAACAUAAGAAAAAGGUUCUUGAUAUUUUGACGUUGAAUAAGAAAUUGGUUGGGAAAUGCCACCUUAUGAGCUGGUAUACUGAGAGCGACCUACCAAUGGAAUGGGCAAUCACACCUACUGGUAAUGGAUGGACGAAUAAUGAGACAGGGCUAGAAUGGAUCAAAUACUUUGAUAAACACACUAAAGGCCGUACAAAGGGGCCAUUAGAUGUUGGAUGCUUCAGCAUUCUCAAACGAAUAUAUGGCCGAGAGAUUGAGCUUUAUAUGAAGGCCCGGAUCCACCAUAUCACCAAAAUCGAGCUCUUUAUUGCCUUCCGCGCAGCGUUUACACGCACCUUUAUACCCGAAAACGCAAGAGCUGGCUUUCGUGGAUCUGGCUUAGUGCCCUUUGAUCCGGAAAUGGUUAUAUCAAAGCUAGAUAUCAGGUUACGGACCCUGUCACCUUCUUUACCCUUUACUGCCGAUGUCAAUCUUUGGGUCUCACAGACCCCUCGCAACCCUAGGGACACCCUUUCACAAUCAACUCUAGUUAAAAGCCGAAUUGCUAGGCAGCAAUCAAGCUCACCAACAUCGAUAUUUGACGCAAUCGCGUCAUUUGCAAAGGGUACAGAAAUUAUGGCAUAUAAGAUGACUUUAAUAGAGACUGAGAACCGUACACUUCGUCAAGCAAAUGAGGCACUUAGCAAACGCUGUAGAGCUAAAAAGACUCGAAUAAGCCAAGGAGGUACCUUAAAUAUGGAAGAGACAAUGGAUAUUAUAUCACAAAGGGAUGUAAAGGAACAGGUUCGAUGUGACAAGCAUAUUGAAGAGAGGGGUACGGUUGGGGGGCUGCCUACCCAAUCAAGCUGUAGUAUUUGUGGGGAGACUGGUCAAAGUGAUACAAUGAUAAUAGAAUAUUAG